CUUCUCCCUCGCGAAUCAAACGAACGCUCUGCCUCAAGUGCCAGCGAUCAAGUUCAUCCAUUUUCUCGGAGAAGGGUUGCAACGAGGUACGCACAUCCGCAUGCCAUUCUUCGUGUUUGAAUAAGAUCAAUGACGUCGUCCACCUCCUACGCCCUUCGCCACAUCAACAUAAUGCCAGGAGCCCAUAUUCGUACUUUUUAUAUGUUAUAUAUUCUCUUUUUUCCUUUCCCUUUUAGUUUUGUUUUUUAGAGUGUCUCGCACUCGUCCGAACGCUGCGACGUGUAUGUAGUACUGAUGUGCAUUGCAGUCGUAGUAUAAACACGGCACAGAGCCAAAGUUGUAUCUCGGACACAACGCAAUCGCAACAUCGUAAAUCCUCCCGUCACAGGUAAACCAUACCGGACGGACCGUCGACCUUCUGCACGACAAGAGAAAACGCCACCACCUCACAAAAACGAGCGGGCCUUCUGGAACCAUAAAUUCAUCUGACCACACAGCGCCUCCCCACGUAGCUGCUGCCUUGGCGACACAAUCGAACGAGUUCGACUUUUGGGACAUACUAGUUAUAUACCUUUUGAAAAACAAGUAAGAGCUUCCUGCUGGGAACAACACGAACGUCUUCUUUUUAUCCAGAA